AUGACAGAUGUUUGGUUGUACCUUGACAAGCUCCUGGGCGAGAAGCUCUUUGUUGCCCGGGAUGUCCCGAAGCAGAACCAGGCAGCAACUGAAGCAGGGCGAUGCAAGAAGCUGAUUGGCGCGCUGCGGUAUUUAUACCGCAACAGUUUCUUUGCCCGACGUGCGCGCGCUGUGGUGCAUGCUGAGCGAGUGGAAGCAGACCCAGAGCUCUUUGAGGGAGAGGCUUCGCGAGAUGCUUCGGAACAUGAGUCUGAUGAAUGUGAAGAUGAAGAGGACAUCAACGCUGGCGAUGGUGAGGAUGAUGACGAUGAUAUGGGCGACGCUGACGACCAGGAGAAGAGCAACCAGGAGGAGAGCGAGGAGGAGCAGAGCGACAAGGAGCAGAGCGACAAGGAGCAGAGCGACAAGGAGGCAGAGAACGAGGAGGGGGGGGACAGUGGUGAUGAUGAGGGCAGUGAGGCCAACCAGGGUGCAUCAUCGCCGUUCUUCCCUGACAACUUCAGUGAGCUCUUUGGCAAGCCGGAGUUGGAGGGUGCAAACUCUGAUGUGGAGGAGAACCCCAUGGACACUGCUUCUACGUUGGUUCUUGGUGAUGAUGUUGCUACAUUGGAUGAUGUGGCACAGGAGCCAAGUGGAUCUGAAGAUGAGACUUCGACUGAGGAUGGCUCGGACGAGGAAGAUGGACACGUGGAGAAUGACUUGGUGACCCCUCCCAAGCGCCCAGCUGCGGACACUGAAGCUUUGGAUCGCAAGAGUGCUGCAAAGUCUGAUGAUUUUCGCCCUGAUGAUUUGGACAACAUGGACCCUGAAGCAGCUUGGAAAAAGAAUAAAGACUGCUCGACUGCUUCUGCAACCAAAUAA